UUUCCCUGAGCUUAUUCCCCGGGACUGGAAGCUUAUGCUUACGGCAGGAAGGACACGAACACCGGAUCUGCCAAUGGGUACUUGUUAAAGAAAACUUGAACUUUUCUUUUUAUUUUUUAAAUAAAUAGAACAAAGAGGCACGGAUAGCACAUCUAGACGAACGUAGAUAACCCGGACGGAUAUCGUGUGUAAUGGAGGACGGGAAACCAGUGUGGGCUCCCCACCCGACGGAGGGCUUCCAGCUGGGAGUUAUCGUGGACAUCGGGGCCGACACGCUGACCAUAGAGUCCCUGAGUCAGAAGGGCAAGACCCUUUUAGCACCAAUCAGCCAAGUGUUCCCUGCUGAGGAUGAUGUCAACAAACACGUUGAAGACAACUGCUCCCUCAUGUACCUGAACGAAGCCACCCUACUGAACAACAUCCGUGUUCGCUACAGCAAAGAUAAAAUAUAUACGUUCGUCGCCAACAUCCUGAUUGCGGUGAAUCCUUAUUAUGACGUUCCCAAGCUCUACUCUGCGGAAACCAUCAAGCAGUACCAGGGGAAAUCCCUGGGCACACUGCCACCCCAUGUUUACGCAGUCGCGGACAAGGCUUACCGCGACAUGAAGGUGCUGAAGCUGAGCCAGUCGAUCAUCGUAUCCGGGGAAUCGGGAGCCGGAAAGACGGAAAACACUAAGUUUGUUCUCAGGUACUUAACAACCUCGUAUGGCACAGGUCAAGAUAUCGAUGAGAGAAUAGUUGAAGCUAACCCUCUGCUCGAAGCCUUCGGCAACGCGAAAACUGUCCGGAACAACAACAGCAGCCGCUUCGGGAAGUUUGUGGAGAUCCAUUUCAACGAGAAGAGCACAGUGGUGGGGGGUUUCGUGUCCCACUACCUACUGGAGAAGUCUCGCAUCUGCAUGCAGAGCAAGGAGGAGAGGAACUACCACAUCUUUUACCGCCUGUGUGCCGGAGCCUCUGAGGAAAUCAGACAAAAGUUGCAUCUUGGAUCCCCGGACAACUUUAGGUAUCUGAAUCGAGGAUGCACCCGCUUCUUCGCAAACAAAGACACUGAAAAACUAAUUCUGCAGAACCGCAAGAGUCCAGAGCACCUGAAGCUUAGUGCCCUGAAGGACCCGCUGUUGGACGACCAGGGUGACUUCAACAGGAUGUGCGUGGCCAUGAAGAAGAUCGGCCUGGAUGACGCCGAGAAGCUCAACCUCUUCCGGGUGGUCGCAGGGGUUUUACACCUGGGGAACAUCGACUUUGAAGACACCGGCAGUACCUCAGGAGGCUGUACCUUGAAGAACACGUCCAGUUCGACACUAGAGCACUGUGCAGAGCUACUGGGGCUGGACCAUGAGGAUCUGAAAGCCAGCCUCACCACCAGGGUCAUGCUCACUACAUCAGGGGGAACCAAAGGGACUGUAAUCAAGGUGCCACUGAAGGUAGAACAAGCAAACAACGCCCGCGACGCGCUGGCCAAGGCCGUCUAUAGCCGUCUCUUCGAUCAUGUAGUGAAGAGGGUCAACCAGUGCUUCCCUUUCGAGAACUCGACCAACUUCAUUGGAGUCCUGGACAUCGCUGGUUUUGAAUACUUUGAACACAACAGCUUCGAGCAGUUCUGCAUCAACUACUGUAACGAGAAACUGCAGCAGUUCUUCAACGAGCGCAUCCUGAAGGAGGAACAGGAGCUGUACCAGAGGGAAGGUCUUGGUGUCAACGAAGUUCAUUACGUCGACAACCAAGACUGCAUAGACCUGGUGGAGGCCAAGGUCGUCGGCAUCCUCGACAUCCUGGACGAAGAGAAUCGCCUACCUCAACCUAGUGACCAGCACUUUGUGGAGACUGUGCACAGCAAGCACAAGGACCACUUCCGUCUGACCGUUCCCAGGAAGUCCAAGCUGACGGUCCACCGGAACGUGAGAGAUGACGAGGGAUUCAUCAUCAGACACUUUGCAGGCGCUGUGUGCUACGAAACUGCCCAGUUUGUGGAGAAGAACAAUGACGCUCUCCACAUGUCCUUGGAGUGUCUCGUGUGUGAGUCGAAGGACGCCUUCGUCCGCGAGCUCUUCGAAAACUCCAAUAACUCCAAGGACUCCAAGCAAAAGGCCGGGAAGCUCAGCUUCAUCAGUGUGGGCAACAAAUUCAAGACACAGCUGAACCUUCUACUUGAAAAGCUUCGCAGCACGGGGUCCAGCUUCAUUCGUUGUGUGAAGCCUAAUCUCAAGAUGGUGAGCCACCAGUUUGAAGGAUCCCAGAUUCUUUCCCAGCUGCAGUGUUCAGGAAUGGUGUCAGUUCUGGACCUCAUGCAGGGGGGGUUUCCUUCUCGGGCCCCAUUCCACGAGCUCUAUAACAUGUACAAGCAGUACAUGCCAGCCAAGCUGACGCGACUGGACCCCCGGCUCUUCUGCAAGGCUUUAUUUAAAGCACUGGGGCUGAAUGACAAGGACUACAAGUUUGGCCUGACCCGCGUGUUCUUCCGACCUGGAAAGUUUGCAGAGUUUGACCAGAUCAUGAAGUCGGACCCCGACCACUUGGCUGAGCUGCUGAAACGUGUCAAUAAGUGGUUGGUUUGCAGCCGCUGGAAGAAGGUUCAGUGGUGUUCUCUCUCCGUCAUAAAGUUAAAAAAUAAGAUGAAAUACCGGGCUUCUGCCUGUGUGACCAUUCAGAAGACGGUCCGCAUGUGGCUCUGCAAGAGGAAACACAAGCCAAGAAUUAGUGGCCUGGUGAAGGUCAGGAACCUGAAGAAGAGGAUGGAGAGGUUCAACGAGGUGGUGAACGGUCUGAAGGAGGGGAAACAGGAGAUGAGCAAGCAAGUCCAGGACCUGGACGCCUCUAUCGGUGCCCUCAUGGCAAAGAUCAAGACCACGGUCAUGACCCAUGAGGAGAUCGACCGGGAGCAUCAGGGCCUGGUGCGACGGUCCGAGCAGCUGUUGGCCUCCAUGCAGAGGAAGAAGCAGGAGGAGGAGGAGCGAGAGCGUCUCCGGAGGAUUGAGGAGGAGAUGGAACGGGAGAGGAAGAGGCGCGAGGAGGAGGAGGCCCGUCGCAGGCAGGAGGAAGACGACCGACGCCUGAAAGCAGAAAUGGAGCAUAAACGGAAGCGCGAGGAAGAGGAGAGGAAAAAGCGGGAGGAGGAUGAGAAGAGGCUACAGGAGGAGAUGGAGCUGCAGCUGGCCCUGGAGCGUGAGGAGGAGGUGCAGAGGCAGGCCGUGCUGGAGCAGGAGCGCCGCGACCGCGAGCUGGCCAUGCGCAUCGCCCAGAGUGAGGCCGAGCUCAUCACCGAGGAGGCGCAGGCGGACGCCGCACUGCGCAGGGGCCCCCAGGUCCAGGCCACCAAGGCAGUUGCUGGCACCAAGAAGUACGACCUGAGCAAGUGGAAGUAUGCCGAACUGCGGGACGCCAUCAACACAUCCUGCGAUAUCGAGCUCCUGGCAGCUUGCCGGGAAGAGUUCCACCGCCGACUGAAGGUGUACCACGCCUGGAAGUCAAAGAACAAGAAGCGCAAUGGCGACGCAGAGCAGAGGGCCCCAAAGUCGGUCACCGACUACGAUCACGCCACUAUCCUGAGAAUUUCACCCCAGCAGAACCCCACCCCCGCUGUGCCGACACGGCAGCAGGAGAUCACCGUUAACCGGCAGCAGCGCUAUUUCCGCAUCCCCUUCAUCCGACCGGCUGACCAGUACAAGGACCCACAGAACAAGAAGAAGGGCUGGUGGUACGCCCACUUUGACGGGCCCUGGAUCGCGCGCCAGAUGGAACUGCACCCCGACAAGCAGCCCAUCCUGCUGGUAGCAGGGAAGGAUGACAUGGAGAUGUGCGAACUGAGCCUUGAGGAGACGGGCCUGACCCGGAAGCGUGGUGCCGAGAUCCUGCCCCGGCAGUUUGAGGAGAUCUGGGAGCGCUGCGGUGGCAUCCAGUACCUGCGGAGCGCCAUCGAGAAUAAGCAGGCCCGGCCCACGUACGCCACGGCCAUGCUGCAGAACCUGCUCAAGUAGAACCGGCCGGUAAACCGCGAAUAACCUCCUUUGGUGGAUCAAAGGGAAGCCUACGUUCCUUUAUGCAGAGUGCAGAACACCUGGGUCCAGCCGCGCUGGGGAGUCCGUUUUAACGGACCUUUGUUAAUUGUUAUUUUUAUUGUUAAUCCCUUAGUUUUGAUUUUCCCAUUUUGCGGUGAACUUGUUCAGAGGAGUCAGUAAAGUGUGCAUCCUCUAUUAUACAAGAUCUGACCUACGCUUAAAUCUUACUGAUUACUGAGGCCUUAAGAGACAUUUCUAAGUUAUUACUGUAAUUAGCUACUGAGCUGUUCCUCUGAAAGUCAGUCUGCAUAGUGUGCAUUUCGAAUUGUUUAAUAAAAGAAUAUUAGCAAAGAA